AUGAGAUCCUGCACUGUUAUUGAUACUGUGGAAGUAAAAAUUGCUGCUGCUGCAACAAAGUAUCGCACUACAUGGAGGGCACUUGAUGCCUUGGCAGAUGCACUCUUACGAUUUGAUUGGAAAGUCAAGUUCCCAAAGCUUAAGGAUGAGGACAUUUACAGUAUGAUGGAGGUGCAGGCAGGAGGCUUGGUGUCAGAAGGUCGAAGGCUCAUGGCCAUGUCUUGGAUUUGGAAGCAGCACACGGAGCAGGUGAAGAAGAACUUUCUGAAGGCACAAGCUUGUGCAAACAGGUGGGUGGAGGAGGUCGAACUUGUGCAAGAGGAGAUAUGA